AUGGGCCCGCACCCCAACGCCAUCAAGUCGUGCGCGCAGCCCGCCUCGGCCGCCGCCGCCGCCUUCGCGGACAAGUACAUGGAUACCGCCGGCCCAGCGGCCGAGGAGUUCAGCUCCCGCGCCAAGGAGUUCGCCUUCUACCACCAGGGCUACGCAGCCGGGCCUUACCACCAUCAUCAGCCCGUGCCUGGCUACCUGGAUAUGCCGGUGGUGCCGGGCCUCGGGGGCCCCGGCGAGUCGCGCCACGAGCCCCUGGGUCUUCCCAUGGAAAGCUACCAGCCCUGGGCGCUGCCCAACGGCUGGAACGGCCAAAUGUACUGCCCCAAAGAGCAGGCGCAGCCUCCCCACCUCUGGAAGUCCACUCUGCCGGACGUCGUCUCCCAUCCCUCAGAUGCCAGCUCCUACAGGAGAGGGAGAAAGAAGCGCGUGCCUUACACCAAGGUGCAAUUAAAAGAACUCGAACGGGAAUACGCCACGAACAAAUUCAUUACCAAGGACAAACGGAGGCGGAUAUCAGCCACCACGAACCUCUCCGAGCGGCAGGUCACAAUCUGGUUCCAGAACAGGAGGGUUAAAGAGAAAAAAGUCAUCAACAAGUUGAAGACCACUAGUUAAUGGAUUAAAAAUGGAGCAAGAAGGCAACUUGAAGAAACGCUUCAGAACUCGUUGCUUUGCCCAGAUAUUGAUAAUGCCCAGAUAAUGUUUAAUAACAAAUGAAGAAUGGGAAAGAGAAAGAGGGGGACACUGGCAUUUUGCUCUCCUAAGGGAGAUUUUCUCUGUAGUGGAAUCUACAACUGGUUUAUAACUUUGAGAAACGGUAAAGACUGCCAGUCCUCCCGCCAGCCUCACCAGCCCGGUAAAUGACAAUCUCUAGAGUCAAACAUCAACCCCCAAAUACUCAAUUUCAGAUAAGUUACGCAGUUACUGAAAUCUUGUAAGUAUUUAUGUGACCGUUAUAUUUUAGGACACUGUGUUAGAUGGUAAUAAUCUGAAAAUUGGUUACAAAAGCAAGAAGCUGUUGUAAACAUCUGCUUGUCCUUCUUAGGUCGCCAUUCCCUUUGCAUGUGCCUGCUCAGGUAAAUCGUAGUGAAAUUCCUACCAUUGUGUGUUCUGCGGAACAUUUUAUGUAUAGAUUUAGAGGGGAAGAGAGAAGGUACUGAGAUAAUGGUCUUGGACUAUUCGCUAUGAAGGGAGAAAGGGAGAGAAAGCUUUUCCAAGGCUCAUUUAUCUGGAUAGUCAAAACAACCAGCUGCACCUCUAAGGCUGCAGGGGAGCCUGGGGUCUGUAAUAUCCUUCUGAAAAUAAUUUUUAAUUGCUAAUAACAAGCAUAUCGUGUGGUAUUUGGACUAUGUUUACAUCCCAAUAUCAGUUGUUUUUCCAAAGGAUUUGAUAUCUUUUAAAACAAUCUUUAAAUCAUCGGAUGAUCCCCAGAAUUUGCUUUAUGUCAGAUCUCCGGGGAGGUUCCAUCCAAACGUGAUGGACUUUGGUUGGAACACAAUUUAUUUUUACAUUUAAAUUGGCAUUUCUCUAUAUUUACAAAACAAUUUGCUGGAGAAAUAAUUUUCUUCCUUUAUUUUUUAGCAAACUCAGAGCGAAAAUUCAUUCCCUCAAAUCAUUUAGAUGUCUACAUUCUAUAUUUUGAUCUAUUAAGGGAUUUGUAUUUUUCCUUGUUUAUUGUGUUAUCAGAUUGCAUUAGAAAGAUUAGAGAUUCAUCUUCACAGCACAUUUUUAAUCAAGCAGUUAUUUCAACCAGCACAUUCGUUUUGUUCAUAUUCACUAUAAAAUGAUAUCUUGUAAAUAAAGACAUUCAGCACACUGUGAAAAUGUAUUUGUGCACCUGCUUUUAAAAUCUUUCUACUAAAAAUGAAAAAAAUCUUAGAUCUGUAGGUAGUAAUAUAGUGGUAUUAAAUCUGUUAAUAAAAUAGUCACUGCCG